AUGUCUCUGGCGCCGAGCUCCCCUCGUCUGCCCAGCCCCCCGCCGCCAGCAGAGAUCCAGAUAGCGCCAAACUCGCCGUCGGGAGGCCCUGCAGCGACUCUGGCGAACACGGAGAUGGAGCAGUCGCAUUUGGACGCCAGUUCCUCUCGGCGGAUUCAUCCGGGGACAAAGGCUGCAGACAUGGCCGCCGGCCCUCCAUUGGUGCCGCUGAGCGAGCUAGAUUCGCCAUUCCAACUCCAGGAGCACCUCGCUGCCCUGCACUAUCACAGCACCGCCUCCGGCACGCAGCCGCUGACGCGCGCCUCGGCCCUCCAGCUCGCCCAGCCUCCCCACGGCAUCGACCGCACGCUCUGGCUCUACGAGCUGUGCCGCUUCCUCAUCUCGCAGUGCAACUCCCUCAUUGUCGGCUUCCUCUUCGACACGCCGCCAUGCAGCGCCAGCACGUGCCCCGAGAUGCGCGCGUCGGAGUGGCAGUUCCUCUGCGCCGUACACGAGGCACCUAAGAGCUGCUGUGCCAUCGACUACUGCUGCCACACCCUCGACUGGGCCGCCAACGUCGUCUCCGACCAGAAGAUCUUCCCCAGCCGCUUCGUCGUGGUCAGCGACAUCCAUAGCAAGAACGUCGGUGUCAAGAGCUUGGUCAACGUCUUCCGCCGGCUGCACCGCAUCUUCGCGCACGCCUGGUUCCAGCACCGCAGCGUCUUUUGGUCUGUCGAAGGACAGACGGGGCUCUACGUCUUCUUCAAGACGGUUUGCGACCUGUACGACCUGUUGCCGGCCGAGAACUACAAGCUUCCCCCUGAGGCAGAAGGCCUCGAAGCUCCGCCGGAAUUCGACGCCGCGGCCAACAGAGCGCCUGCGCCCCAGAUCCUGAGGCCCUCAGCCGCUGCCGCCGCCUCGCAUCCCGGGGCAGGCGAGCUCGAGGAUGACGGCUCUCACAGCUCGGUCAGUCGCACAAAUACUCGCAGGCACAUCAGGAGCAGCCCGUCCACCGGCAGCUCUGUAACAACCGUCUUGGAGGCGGAAGAGGAAGAUGCCGAUGGCGUCUCGCGGAGGCUCAGAAACAUGCACCUGGCAGCACCCGACCUCCUGGAGGAAGAGCCUGAAGUCGCCGAAGUACCCGUCAUCGUCGAGCAAUCAGUACUGGGCGGUCCACCGCCUCCCCUUCUUUCACCGUCCUCAACAACAGAACCCCGGCUGAGCGAAGCCAACACCGCAUCUGACUUGUCAGAUGCCGGUCCAGCAGGGGUGUCCGCAAGCGUUGUGGAGAUUACAGAUGAAGAUGACAUUACUAGCGUUAUCGACACUUCCGAUAAU